AUGCGUCAGAGUAGUGGCUUUCACAGCAACAACAACAACAACAACAAUCGUUUUAAUGGUGGCACUUCCGGCAUCCUAACAGCACAACACAACCAAAGGCAACAGCACAACAAUGAACAACUACAACUUCAACUCAAUGCCGCCUGGCAACCCUUGACACAUCACAACAAUUGGCUCAUCCUGCAGGCAACGGCAGCCAGUUCAGUGCAGCGUCAGACGAUUGAAGAGCAGAAGGAGCAAGAGCAAAAGCUUGAUGUGGGGAAUCAUGUGGAGCAACAAGGAGGACAAGGACAAGGACUUCCUGGCAAUUACUACGCCUACAAUCAUCGGUAUCAAAAUCAAAAUGCCAGCCAAGUAUCGCCCCCUUCACCCAUUGUACGCGAUGGCGGAAAUUACAAACAGGUGCGGCGGGCAACCCUAAGCGAUCCUCCCACUGGCAGCUAUGUGCUAGCCAUAAGCCAAUCAAUGCGACGAGGCCAGCUGAGGCGUCAAUUGCCUAUGGCAACACCACUCCUUCAACCUACUCAGUCUGUGUCAGAGGAUGUGGAAGCAUAUGCUGCUCGUGGCAAGCCGGAAGUGCGCGACAGGGCUUUAACUUUAACUAAUGCCGCUUUUUCUCAUGCUGAUGAUGCUUAUGCUGGUGGUGGUGCUGCUGCUGCUGACACAGAUGAUGUUGAUGGCGAUGGUGAUGGCCCUGAUAUCAGUGACAAGUCAUCAGACAUGGAUAUUGAUGCUUACUUGGGCCCCUUCGAACGAGCUCUGGUGAAAGUGAGCAACUUUUGCGACACAGUGAGGGCCCUCAUCAGUGAUGAGGACGAACGCAGGCCAAGUAAAUUGGAUGCCACAGCCGCAGUAGCAGCAACAUCAAAGGAAGUUCAAGGUCGUUACUUUCGUCUGGCAUCCCAAGAGGAGGAGGAGGAUGAUGAGGAAGAGGGACGCAAGUUGAAAAAGUUAAAAAAGAAAAUACAGAAAUUACUGCUGCCAUUACUCAUUGCCUACAAACUAAAAUUUCUGACACUCAUACCAGUGCUAAUUGGUGGUCUAACUCUGCUGGUGGGCACAACUGGCCUGGCUGGCUUCUUUUUUGCCCUAUUUACGGCCGUAAUGAGUUUGAAGACCGCAACAGGUGGCGGUCAUGGCAGCAAAGCAUUGCUCUUAAAGAAAAUCUGA